GAAGCCGAAAAGCUUGAAAGAAAAACCUUGUCGAGAGAGAAUGGAAUCCCACUCUUUCCCCCCACCACCACCUUCGCCCACUGCUGCAAAAACGCCCAUCCCUACUGCUCACACAAACAAAAGAAAAAUCAAAAUUCAAAAUUCAUAACCCAGAAAUAGUACUUCCACUUAAUAAAAUACUCCCAAUAUCCUAAAGCACAAAUCAAAAUCUCUCCCUCGCUCUCUCUCUCUCUCUCUCUCUCUCACUCUUACUUUCUGUCUUUCUGUCAAUCUCCUCCGCUAUCAACGGUCUCUCACCGUUUUUACUGACUACAGACACACCCCAUCAAAGAUGAGACAAUGAACCCGACGUCUACUCAACCACCGACCCAACAUCCCGCAACGGUGCGGAAGCUCAUCGUGGACGUCGUCGACGCUCGCGACCUCCUUCCCAAGGAUGGCCAGGGCAGCUCCAGCCCUUAUGUCGUCGCUGACUUUGAUGGCCAAAAGAAGCGGUCCUCCACCAAGUUCCGUGACAUGAACCCCCAGUGGAACGAGUCCCUGGAGUUCAUCGUCUCCGACCCCGACCACAUGGACUCCGAGGAGCUCGAGAUUGAGGUCUUCAACGAUAAGAAGUUCGGCUCCAACAGUGGCAGCGGCCGGAAAAAUCACUUCCUCGGGAGGGUGAAGUUGUACGGGAGCCAGUUCGCGAGGCGAGGCAAUGAGGCGUUGGUUUACUUUCCUUUGGAGAAGAAGAGCGUAUUCAGUUGGAUUAGGGGAGAGAUUGGCUUGAGAAUUUACUACUACGAUGAGUUGGUCGAGGAAAACCCGCCACCGAAACCACCCCCGGAAGAUACACAACAGAUGCAUGAGAAUCCGAAGCAGCCAACGGUUGUGGUGGUAGAAGAAGGUAGGGUCUUAGAGGUUACUGCGCCGGUGGAUGUCUUCCACGAGGGCUCAAACUCUCCGCCGGUUGUCGUCAUCGAGGAGUCACGGCCUCCGCAGGGGGUUCAUUAUCAUUCUGAGCCGCAGGAGGUCAUAACGGGUACGACGACGGCUCAUCAGAUGGACGCACAUCAAACACAUGAGGUGAGCAAGAUGCAGACCGGGAGGGUUGGGGAGAGGGUCAGGAUUAUGAGGAAGAUGCCAAACGGAGAUUACUCUCCGAGAGUGAUUGUUGGAAGGCCAGCCAAAGACACAGUUGAGAGGGUCCAUCCCUACGAUCUGGUCGAACCGAUGCAAUACCUGUUCGUACGGAUCGUGAAGGCGCGUGAUCUAUCGCCGAACGAGAAUCCGUACGUGAGGAUCAAGACGUCAAGUCACCUUACGAAAUCGAAGCCGGCGAGACACCGACCAGGAGAACCGACUGACUCUCCCGAGUGGCACCAGGUGUUUGCGCUCGGACACAGCCGGCCAGACUCAGCGGGCACAACCUUGGAGAUAACGGUUUGGGACUCGCCGUCGGAGCAUUUCCUUGGAGGCGUCUUAUUCGACCUGUCCGACGUACCCGUACGCGAUCCGCCGGAUAGCCCAUUAGCUCCCCAGUGGUAUCACCUCGAAGGGGCUUCGGUCGAUCAGCAACCUGGCAAGGUCUCCGGCGAUAUACAGCUCUCCGUCUGGAUCGGUACUCAAGCUGACGACGCCUUUCCUGAGGCAUGGAGCUCCGACGCACCGUAUGUAGCGCACACGCGCUCGAAGGUAUAUCAGUCCCCUAAGCUUUGGUAUCUGAGAGUCACGGUAAUCGAAGUGCAGGACCUUCACAUUGCUUCGAAUCUACCGCCAUUGACGGCGCCAGAAAUUCGAGUGAAAGCACACCUGGGAUUUCAAAUGGUACGAACCAGGCGAGGGUCCAUGAGCAAUCACAGUGCGUCGUUCCACUGGAACGAGGACCUUAUAUUCGUGGCCGGCGAGCCACUCGAGGAGUACUCGCUGUUCCUUGUCGUCGAAGAUCGUACGGCCAAGGAUGUCCAACACCUCGGCCUCAUCGAGGUUCCCGUGAGCUCGAUCGAGCAACGGGUGGAUGAGCGCUACGUGGCUUCCAAAUGGUUCCCACUGGAGGAUGGAACCGGAGGUGGUGGGUCCUACUGCGGGAGAAUCCAUCUGCGUCUUUGCUUGGAGGGUGGGUAUCACGUGCUUGACGAGGCAGCUCACGUGUGUAGCGACUUUCGGCCUACGGCGAAGCAGCUCUGGAAGCCGGCAAUUGGGAUUUUGGAGCUUGGAAUCCUCGGGGCUCGCGGCUUGCUCCCGAUGAAAGCCAAGGGUUCCGGCAAGGGGUCUACGGAUGCUUACUGUGUUGCCAAGUAUGGAAAGAAGUGGGUCCGGACGCGCACAAUCACUGACAGCUUUGAUCCACGCUGGAACGAGCAGUACACGUGGCAAGUCUAUGAUCCUUGCACGGUUUUGACCAUAGGGGUUUUUGACAAUUGGCGUAUGUUUGCUGACGUGGCGGAGGAGAAGCUGGACUGUCGUAUUGGCAAAGUACGUAUACGUGUAUCUACAUUGGAGAGUAACAAGGUGUACACGAACUCGUACCCAUUACUAGUUCUGUUGAGAACCGGGUUGAAGAAAAUGGGCGAGAUCGAGUUGGCGGUUCGCUUCGCAUGUCCAUCAUUGUUGCCGGAAACUUGCGCGGUGUACGGCCAGCCAUUACUUCCCAGAAUGCACUAUCUCCGGCCACUUGGGGUGACUCAACAGGAAGCGUUACGUGGGGCUGCGACGAAGAUGGUGGCGGCGUGGCUUCAACGGUCGGAGCCACCGUUGGGGCAAGAGGUGGUCCGGUACAUGUUAGAUGCGGAUUCACACACAUGGAGCAUGAGGAAGAGCAAGGCUAAUUGGUUUCGGAUCGCAGCGGUUCUUGGAUGGGCGGUGGGGUUGGCGAAAUGGUUGGGUGGCAUCCGGAGGUGGAGGAACCCGAUUACAACAGUACUUGUUCAUGUCUUAUAUUUGGUGCUUGUUUGGUAUCCGGAUUUAAUUGUUCCGACCGGGUUUCUAUACGUGUUCUUAAUCGGAGUGUGGUACUAUCGAUUUAAGCCCAAGAUACCGGCGGGGAUGGAUAUCCGACUAUCGCAAGCAGAAACAGUUGACCCUGAUGAGCUGGACGAGGAAUUCGACACAAUACCAAGCUCGAAACCACCCGACAUAAUCCGGGCAAGGUACGACAAGUUAAGAAUGUUGGCUGCAAGGGUGCAGACAGUGUUGGGCGAUUUUGCAGCCCAAGGAGAAAGGGUGCAAGCCUUGGUGAGCUGGAGGGACCCAAGGGCCACGAAAUUGUUCAUAGCAGUAUGCCUGGUGAUCACGGUGCUGCUGUAUACAGUGCCACCAAAAAUGGUAGCCGUGGCCUUAGGAUUCUACUACCUGCGCCACCCCAUGUUCAGGGACCCCAUGCCACCUGCUAGUUUAAACUUCUUCAGACGGCUUCCUAGCUUGUCUGACCGAUUAAUGUAGAGUAGAGAGAGAUUAAAAAAAAAAA